UAUUUAAAUCACUCGAUAACCGAAUUCCACUACAUUCGUUUACUUAAUCUCGAAAAGACAGCCAUCAAAUCAGAAUGAAGGUUGCGUGGAUGUUUAUGGUUGUAUUCUGCAUAUGCUACCCAAUUUACGGCGAUGGUGUCAAAAAUUCCAGUACGGAAGUUCGGUCAUAUGAUUCUGAUACCGAAGAAGCAUUCGUACUAGACCUUAAUAAGGACCUAGAUCAGCCAGAGCUCUAUGGUAACUGUGUUAUCAAUGGCAAGCCAGUAUCGAAUACCACUUGUUUGCCCGACUGUGGGGAUGAUCAAGACCAUCUGGCUCUUCAAGGUCACGACUGCGCGGAUGGAUUCAUGUGUUGUCCUGCUGUAGACGGAAAGAAGUAGUUGUGGAAAGAGAGGUAGUAGGUGGUAGUAGCAUGAUACAAUAAAAGAUACACAAUA